GUGUUUGCAAAAUGGGCCAUCGUCGUCCUCAUUCUUCUUUCCUCGUCUGAUAGCUCGCUGCCUCACCUGCGCCAACUGCGCCGCCAAUCCCCACGCGUUUCUCAUUAUUAUUAUUAUUAUAAUAAAAAAACCCAAUAUCAAUUCUCUGCCCUACCAUCAUCAUCAUCGUUGGUUAGGUUUGGUUGGAUCAGACCAGACCAGACCAGCUCAGAUCAGAUCAGAUCAUAUAUAUGGGAAUGUAGUAUUGAAUUGCUGUAGCUUGGGCUUCAAUGGCGGACGCCGGCGAGGAGAAGCUUGUGGCCGUCGCUCGCCACAUAGCCAAGACUCUCGCCCACAGCGAUACCAUGGCCACCGAUAUCCUCAACAUAUUCUCCAACUUCGACGGCAGACUCCGCCAAAACCUCUCCGGCGACGCCGCCCAGCAGACCCUCUCCUCCCUCCACCGGAAACUCUCCCCCCAAACCCCCCUUUGGUCCUUCCUCCACUCCGUUGACCGCUUGACCGCCGUCAUCCGCGAAUGGACCCCUUUCUCCGGCGACGAAAUCCUCGCCUCCUGCGUCCGUCGGGCCGAGACUCUUCUCCGGCAAUCCAUGUCACGUCUCAGCGACGAAUUCGAAACUCUGGUUCGACACGCCGGCGCGUUUCCUGAUGACGCAAUUUCCGACAACCUACGGGAGAUAGCGAAUCGGAUGGCGGCGGCAGGGCACGUACAAGACUGCUCCCACGUGUACGUCACGUGCCGGCGGGAGCAGUUAACACGAAGCCUCUGUAAUUUGGGAUUGGACCGGCACGUGACCACCACCACCACCACCUACGAAUGGCUUGAAGACGACAUCGAGAUAUGGAUCAAAUGCAUUACCACCGCCGUCAGAGUCCUUUUCCCGACGGAGCAACGCCUCUCCGCCAAAAUCUUCUCCUCCACCGCCGCUGCUGCCGACCUUUCCUUCUUCGAAAUCUGCACUGCCCCCACAAUGCAGCUAUUGAACUUCACCGACGCUCUCGCCGCCGGAAGCCGAUCGCCGGAGAGGCUCUUCAAGCUGCUCGAGGCCUAUGAAACCGUCCGUGACUUGACCCCCGAGUUCGAGCUACUUUUCCUUGAUCAUUUCCACGACGAAAUUGAAUCGGCAACGGAAAAAUUGAGGGAGCUUAUUAAGAGCAUAUUCAUGGAGUUAGAGGAGUUGAUCCGCCGCGACACAGCCUCGGCCACGGUCCCCGGGGGCGGAUUGCAUCCCCUAACUCGAUACGUGACAAACUAUCUAUCUGCGGCUUGUGGGUCGCGGCAGAUUUUGGAAGACAUUUUCGAUGGUAACAUUGUGGGAGAGCGAAUGGCGAGGACGAUGGAGUUGUUGGAGAGUAAUUUGGAGGCAAAGUCGAAGGUGUACCGGAACCCGGCAUUGUGCGCGGUGUUCAUGAUGAACAACAUGCGAUACAUCGUGGAGAAGGUGGCGAAGGGGGGCGAGAUGGGGGCGGUUUUAGGCGCGGAUUGGAUUCGGAGGCGGAUGGCGAAGAUAAGGCAGUAUCACACGAGCUACUUGCGGUGCUCGUGGGCGAAGGUUGUUGGGGUUCUUUUGAGCCGGGGGGCGGGCGAGCUUUCUUCGUCCAAGAAGCUCAAGGUGUUCAACUCGUGUUUCGAGGAGACAUGUCGGAUCCAGUCGUCGUGGGUGAUCUUCGACGAGCAGUUGAGGGAAGAGUUGCGGGUUUCGGUUGUGGGGAUGGUGUCGCCGGCGUACCGCAGCUUCAUCGGGAGGCUUACGGCGAAGGAGGGUCGGCGGUAUAUAAAGCUAAGCGUGGAGGACGUGGAGGGUCGUAUAGCAGCCCAGCUCUUUCAAGGCUCAACUGGAAGGGCAAGAAGAUGAUGAUGAUGACGAUCACCAUCAAAGAUUUUGAUUAUUUUAAUACCAUACACUACACUACACUGCAACACGAUACAUGAUAGUGAUGAAUAUGAUGAUGAUACAUGUUUGUAGAUUGUAAUAAAUAAAUAUAUCAAGUGGAGUAGUGAUUUCUAAAAACUAGAACGCAAGAUUGAAGUU